UGUCUUCAAACCUGCACACACCCACUCACACACUAGUUGACUGACAGGAGUUUUGCAAGGGUUGCUCGGGAUUUUCCACACCUCAGCUGACUUUUUACACUCAUGCCAUUUAAAUGAAAAUGCUACAGAGAAUAGAAACUGAAACAGAUAAAAACAUCGAAAACAGAAAGCAAGUCGCGUUUCAAAACAUUGUUGCUCUCGCGCUUUACACCACGCAGCAAUGCUCUUAAUGGUAACCUUCGCUUUUCUUGUCGCUUUAUCCUGGGCUUUUCCAACGGAUCUAGUAAUUCAGUUCGAGCGCAGUGUGGUGAACGGGACGGUCGUGGAGAGGAUCUUUGUCAAUGAUGCACAUUUAAAGGGACACCAACCUGUUGUCAGACCCAUUCAAGAUGAAGUCCUAAAGACGAUGGUGGAGAAUAGUCACAAAACAGCAGGUUAUGCCACUUAUAUACGCCUGAGAGAAUGCAAAUUUCGAGGAUAUCAGGUCCUGCAACUGUCCGACCGGUUUCAGCUCGAUGGCAGAGAUUAUCUGAUAUUAGAUCCACAAACUGAUUCUUGGAUAAUGCAGAUGCCAGAGCUGCAUGAUCUAAAGCAGCCGUCAAUGCCCGAGGCCGAAUCUACGAGUCUGGAGAAAAUUCACCUGAAAGACGAAUGUGAAGAAUUGAUCAAGGAGAUGAACGACACUCAAAAUCAAGAGGGUUUUGAUGUGCUACGCGUGAUUGCUCCAGUUCUUUCCAUGUUUUUCUUCGUCGGAUUCAUCUUUAUAAGCUUUCUUAUGUUCAAACGACAUGGUCAACAUCCAGGAGGUGUUUUAGGGUCAAUUGUCCACUAUCCACCUUUUCAUACAGUGCCUUCGGACGGACAGAGUCAAAAAAACAUUGAUCAAGUUCCUGUGCUGAAGUGUCCACAUUAACAAUUGUCUAACCAGACCAGCCCAACCACAUUACUCCAAAAAGAGUCCAGUCUUUCUCCUGAAUGCACAAGUCUUAAAGAGGUAGUUAAAAUUUUAAAUUCUGUAAUCAUUUAACCAUCUUGUUCCAAAACCCAACUGAGCUUCAUUCUUCUGUUAAACACAAAGGAAGAUAUAAUGAAGAAUGUUGGUGGGAAAUAAAAAACUGUCAUUGACUUCAAUAAUAUUUUUGUGUUCCUACUAUGGAUGUUAAUGGCUGCUUUUCCUCACAUUUUUCAGAAUAACUUGUUUUGUGUUUGACAUUAGAACGAAAAGUUUUGAAUCACUUUAGUGAGAUUAAAAGGUGAGGAUAUUUUCAUUUUGGGUGAACUAUCAUUUUAAGGACAACUCACAACUUUCAUCAGAAUAUACUGUCAAGUUUUGUUGAUCAUAAACUCACCAAAUGACAACC